UUUUCUCAUUCUCUCUCCAUUUCCCGAUCUCUUUCUUCCUCGCCAUGAGUCCCAGCUCUUGUCGCCGGCGAGCGCCGUAACCGAAGCGCCGGAGAUUGAGACGGGCCGCCGCCGAAAUGGAGGCCCAGAAAAGCCACGGGGCGAAGCUCACGCGGACCCCCUCUUCCCUCCUCCGCUCCCCGACCCUUCGCUCUUCCGUCAACAGCUUAUCCGCCAUAGACGAGGCCACCGCAACUGGAGCUGACGGCGAUGACUCCGACGAUAAGAAGCCCCGCCACCGCCGAGGCGGUCGUCCCCGCCGCCCACUCCUUCCGGCACUCUUGCCCCUUCCCUUCUUCCUCUUCCUCUUCCUCCUCCUCCUCUACCUCCGCGAUGACGCCCCCUUCCUCAGUAACCUCCUCCUCGCUGCCUUCGUCUUCGCCGUCGCCUUCCUCGCCGCCCGCCGUUCCCGCUUCCUCAUCCUCCGCUGCCGCGGGAUCCGGCGGGGGGAGUCGGUCCAGUGGUUCAUCGGCGACGGCGAGCGGGAAUCGAGGAAGGAGAAGAGCAACGGGAAGAUCGUGAGGGAGGGGGUGGAGUUCUACAGCAACGGGGAUUUCUACGAAGGGGAGUUCCACAAGGGGCGCUGCAACGGGAGCGGCGUCUACAAUUUCUUCGCCAAGGGGAGAUACGAGGGCGAUUGGGUUGAUGGCAAGUAUGAUGGUUAUGGGAUCGAGAGCUGGGCGAGGGGGAGCCGGUACCGGGGGCAGUACCGGCAGGGCCUGAGGCACGGCUUUGGGGUGUAUCGGUUCUACAGCGGCGAUAGCUACGCUGGAGAGUGGGUCAGCGGGCAGAGCCAUGGCAUCGGAGUGCAGACUUGCUCCGAUGGGAGCUGCUAUGUAGGGGAAUUCAAAUGCGGGGUGAAGCAUGGCCUCGGAUACUACCACUUCAGGAAUGGUGAUCGGUACUCUGGAGAGUACUUUGGUGACAAGAUCCAUGGUUUUGGAAUCUAUAACUUUGCUAAUGGUCACUGCUAUGAGGGUUCAUGGCAUGAAGGGAAGAAACAGGGGUUUGGAAUGUACGCAUUCCGUAAUGGUGACACAAGAUCUGGAGAGUGGGACUGUGGAGUUCUAAAGAUCCGGCUACCACCAUCAGAUCAGGCUGUUCAGCGGGCUGUUCAGUCUGCUCGAAAGGCUGCAGAGAAUGCUAUUCUCAUUCCCCGGGUAGAUGAGCAAGUAAACAAGGCAGUCACAGCUGCUAAUAGAGCCGCGACUGCUGCUAGAGUUGCUGCAAUCAAAGCUGUGCAGAACCGGAUGGAUGGAAAGUUUUGUGACACCAAUGUUUAAGGUCAAACUUUUGCUUGAACUGUACAUUUAACUGCUUAAUAAUCACUAAUCCCAAAGUUUGCGACCAGGUAUGGCAAAUACUUACCUGGGUCUGAGAGACGGUAAGAGGGAAGCUGACAAUUUUAUGUCUGGAUUAUGGAAUGCAUACUGCGGUCCUCUCAUGACUGUAACAUGUAAAUAACUCCAUAUGUAUAUGAAUUUUUUUUUGGUAGAAUCCAUAUGUUUAUGAU